CAUCUCAGCCUCCCUCCCUCACUCUCUUCCCACCCACUCUGUCUCAAUCUCUCUAUCCUUCCUCAUUCUCAAAUCGGAGCUUAGUUCUUUUUUUUUUUUUUUGGAGAACCAAACGGUCUUCACUUUCAGAUCGGCACGGGGCUUAGAUCGGUGUGGAUUGUGAGAUGUCUCCAUUGAGUGAAACGGAAAACAAAUCGCAAGAAAGGCCAAAUAGGUGAGCAAGAGCAAAGACAUUGCUUCACCAGAAAAAGAGCUCAGUAGAAGUCUUCCAGAAGGAACAACAGCACCAUUACCGAAACCAACCCCAAAACUGGGUUAGUGCUCAGAUUCUAGGCUAAAUUUGGCAACUUUACUGCCAGUUUAACCUUUGCUUUUGCCUCACACAAGCGCUCUAUAUAUAGCAACUACCUUGCCUUUUGUGUAAAGCUUUCUUCUAGGAAAAAGUUGGAGGAGAAGAAGAAGAAUGGCGAGAGAGAAGAUUCAGAUCAAGAAGAUUGACAACGCCACAGCUAGGCAAGUCACUUUCUCGAAGAGGCGAAGAGGGCUUUUUAAGAAAGCUGAGGAGCUAUCCGUGCUUUGUGAUGCUGAUGUCGCUCUCAUUAUCUUUUCUUCUACUGGAAAGCUCUUUGAGUACUCCAGCUCAAGCAUGAAGGAAAUACUAGAGAGACAUAAUUUGCACUCAAAGAACCUUGAGAAACUGGAUCAACCAUCUCUUGAGUUGCAGCUAGUAGAGAACAGCAACCACUCCAGAUUGAGCAAGGAAAUUGGAGAGAAAAGCCAUCAGCUGAGGCAGAUGAGAGGAGAGGAGCUUCAAGGAUUAAAUGUAGAAGAACUGCAGCAGCUAGAGAGGUCACUGGAAUCUGGAUUGAGCCGUGUGAUAGAAAGAAAGGGUGAGAAGAUUAUGAAAGAGAUAAAUGAUCUUCAAAGAAAGGGGAUGCAAUUGAUGGAAGAGAAUGAGCGAUUAAGACAGCAAGUGGUAGAUAUAUCUAAUGGCCGAAGACACAUUGGCACUGAGUCAGAGAAUCUGAUUGCUGAGGAAGGCCAGUCAUCAGAGUCUGUCACUAAUGUCUGCAACUCAACUGGUGCCCCUCAUGACUAUGAAAGCUCAGAUACAUCCCUCAAGUUAGGGCUACCCUACUCUGGGUGAACGUUUGGAGGAGCUUACGAAGCAAAACAAAUAUCUGAUCAAUACAAAUGCAGGUCCGUUUUACUUGUAUCAAAGGAAUUAUAUCCAACCCAUGCUUUGUUAAUGGUACUUGAAUGAUGAGUACCAUUUUUGUUGAAGAACGAUGAGAACCUAGAUGUUCAUUGUUCAAAUAUUUUCAUACUGAAGCUAUGAAUUACAUAAGAGUCUCUCCUCUGCACUACGGAAUGCUUUGUUGCCACAAGCAUGGUAUAGUAUCACAGCCUAGUCCUUAAAGUUUGGGAUGGUAAGGGGUGUAACCCAGUACAUUGAUGAAGUUCUUAUGACAUAUGAAGUGUCGUUCCAGCAAACCUUGCCCGUUAUUCUGAACAAGAGAUUAUGUUGUGUAUGCGUUAUUAGAAUGUAUUUGGGCAUAAAUUUAAAAUACCUUAGAAAAUUUGAAAUUCUUGCAAAAUUUAGAUGCAA